AUGGGCUGGCCGGUCCCUCCCUGCUCCAGCCUGGUACUGGUGCUGACGGUGGCCUGGGCCCUCACAGCGGCAGGCGCGGACGCCGGAGAAGCAAGAAACUGCUCCGAGUGUCACAGCAACGCCACGUGCCUGGAGGAGGGCGCAGUCACCACGUGCUCCUGCCAGCCGGGCUUCACGGGCGACGGGGUGACGUGCGUGGACGUGGACGAGUGCGCCCUGGCGGGGGCGCACAACUGCUCGCAGGGCAGCCGCUGUGUGAACACGCCGGGCUCCUACGAGUGCGCCUGUCCCCCGGGCUUCCGCGCGACGCCGGGGCUGGGCUGCGUGGACGUGGACGAGUGCGCGGAGCCCGGGCGCUGCCACGCGCGCGCCUCCUGCGUCAACAGCGAAGGCAGCUACGAGUGCGUGUGUGCCGAGGGCUACGUGGGCGACGGGCGGCGGCAGUGCCAGUGUUCCCCGGGCUCCUGCGGCCCCGGGCUGGACUGCGUGCCCAAAGACGGGGAGCUGGUGUGCGACGACCCGUGCGAGGAGCACAGCGUCCUGAACCAGUACUGGCGCAGCACCGAGUACGGCGCGGGCUACACCUGCGACAUCGCGCUGAGCGGCUGGUACCGCUUCAUGGGCCAGGGCGGCGUGCGCCUGCCCGAGGACUGCGUGCCCACGAUGAGCUGCAACACGGCGGCGCCCAUGUGGCUCAACGGCACGCACCCGUCGAGCGGCGAGGGCAUCGUGGACCGCACGGCCUGCGCGCACUGGAGCGGCCACUGCUGCAUGUGGGACGCGCCGGUGCAGGUCAAGGCCUGCAAGGGCGGCUACUUCGUCUACAACCUGACGGCGCCCCCGGAGUGUUACCUGGGGUACUGCACGGAUCCUAGCUCCGUGGAGGGCACGUGUGACCGCUGCGGUGUAGACGAAGAGUGUAAAGCGAUGAAUGGCAGAUGGCACUGCCAAUGCAAGGACUCCGACGUCACAGACCUCUCCCACGUGGACUACCAUCUGGAAUGUGGCGCCAAUGACAUCAAGGUGUCCGUGGGCAAGUGCCAGCUCCGGAGCCUGGGCUUCAAGAACGUCAUCAUGUACCUGCAAGACAGCCGCUGCUCCGGCUUCUCCGAGAGGGGCGACCGGGACUGGAUGUCCGUGGUCACUCCAGCCAGACACGGGCCGUGUGGGACAGUGAUGACGACGAACGAGACCCACGCCACAUACAGCAAUACCCUCUACCUGGCCGACGAGAUCAUUAUCCGGGACCGCAACAUCAAAAUCCACUUUGCUUGCUCCUACCCGCUGGACAUGAAAGUCAGCCUGGAGAGUUCCCUGCAGCCCAUGGUCAGCUCCCUCAACAUCAGCCUGGGGGGCACGGGCAUGUUCACGGUGCGGAUGGCGCUGUUCCAGAGCGCCACCUACACGCAGCCCUUCCAAGGGCCCUCCGUGUCGCUCACCACGGAGGCCUUUCUCUACGUGGGCACCAUGCUGGACGGAGGGGACCUGGCCCGGCUGGCACUGCUGAUGACCAAUUGCUAUGCCACGCCCAGCGGCAACGCCACUGACCCCUUGAAAUACUUCAUCAUCCGGGACAGAUGUCCCCGCACCGAGGACCCGACCAUCCACGUGGAGGAGAACGGGGAGUCCCCGCAGGGCCGCUUCUCCGUCCAGAUGUUCCGCUUUGCCGGGAACUACGACCUGGUCUACCUGCACUGCGAGGUGUAUCUCUGCGACAGGCUGACGGAGCACUGCAAGCCGACCUGCACCGGAACCAGAUCCCUCAGAGGGGGCAGCAUGGACCAAACUCGCAUCCUGAACUUGGGUCCCAUCACACGAAAAGGCACCCAGGCCCCAGUGUCCAGCGCCGCCUCCUGGCACGUGGAGCUGCUGAAGGUCUGUCUGCCUCUGCUUCUGUCAGCGGCCUUGACCCUGAUGUCUCAGUGA